AUGAAUAUAUUGAAUAUAAUCCAGGAAUAUGCUAAACGUUGCUUCCCUGUGUACCAACUAUUGCACAAAGAUCCACAAUGCCAUCCCAAAUUGCGCAGUUAUGCCCAAUCUUUCAGUCUUGAUCAAGAAGCUUUUAUACGUCAUGUAAUGUUGCACAGCUUCAAGUGCGAGUACAUAGAAUUUGCGUGUGAAUUGACAUUCGAAUUCUGGCACGAAUUUGGUUGGACCGACGAGAUGAUAGCAUACGAAAAUAUAAUACGCAUCACGGCCGACGUAUUACAAAUUGUUUUGAUACAUUUAGACACAUUUCCCAAAUGCACUUUUAUAAUGUUACUAUAUGCAAUCAUAAAUUACUGCAAAAUUGUGACAGAGAACAUGACAAGUGACAAGUUCGAAGCAAUUCAGAACAUCCUAUUCAGAACUCUGUCCUCCAUAAAUGAUAUUGUCAGCAAAACGUGCUAUUGUAAUACGUACAAUACUUGGCUUAAGCGCAUCCAAAAUAUAAAGAUCUCAGAUAUGGAAACAGAAAAAUAUUAUGAUGAAAUCUGUAAGUGGACUGACAGCAUCUUUCCAUAUGAAAUUGAGACAUUCAUAGAUAAUAAAUGCGUUUGUAAUGAAACUUUCUACUGCAAAUAUCACGGUUUUCUAAUUAAAAGAAAAAUCGCAGCGAAGUACAAUGCAUACAUGUUCAUACGUGAAUGCAUGAAGUUACAGAAUAAUACAAAGUUUCAAUACUACGAGCAAUUAAUACGAAAUUUAUUUAUCUUAUAA